GGAGACUUCUUUGGAGAGCUAUAUCAUGUCCAGAUCACAAGACACUGCAUCACCAAUCACACCUUGUUCUCCGAAGAAGGGUGAAAUGAUAUCAUCGAUACAGCUCUCGAGGCCCUUCCUGACGAGGCUACAGAUUGAGUAUGCACAAAGCAAAACCAUCGACAACAUUGUUGUUUACAAGCAGAGACGAAACCAAGUCUUUUCCUUUCUCAUGAAGGUGUGUAAUACGUUGAAGUUUCCCAUGCGCACUCUUGAAACCGCGAUGAUCUACUACCAACGGUUUUAUCUUCAUAACAGCUUCAACACGUCGACGUACCACGAUGUUGCAACUGUAUGUCUGUUUGUAGCAACGAAGAACGAGGAAACGAUCAAGAAACUAAGGGACAUCAUAGCGGUUGUGUCACAAGUAAGGAACAUGCAGCUGAACUCGGAGCAGGCUGAGAACUACAGGAGAAGAAUCAUAGGAUUGGAAAUCAAACUCAUGGAGACCAUUGCAUUUGACUUUAGAAUUGGACAUGUUGAGGAAUACCUGGUGAAGUUCUCAAAGACUUUAAGCAUUCCAAAGGAAAUCACGUACACAGCAUGGCUCUUUAGCUACGAUACGUAUCAACUGGAUAUCGCAUUAAAGGCACCAGCAUCAAGUAUCGCUGUUGCUCUGUUGGAGCUUGCAUGCAAAUUGGAAAAAUUCCAUGUGAACAUCAACUACAGAGAGCUGUUUGUCAACAUGGAGGCCGUGAAUGAGACAAAAGUGGACCUUUUGGACUUUUACAUUAGCAAUUAUAACUACAGCUUUUUUGCUAGCAUUAGGCCAGAACUUCAUGAUACUUUCAUGGAUUUGAAGAUAGCACUUGGGAACGUUAAACAACUUGUGGAACGUGAAAAGAGAUACAUUGAAGAAGAUGCAUACUUUGAUGAAAGGUCGUACACUACUGGGGAACGGAGAUUUAUGCUUGGUAACCAAAGGAAAAGACUCUAUAAUGAGAUGUAAUAAUAAACUAACUAGUCGUUCCAAGAGACCACUGUUUGGAAAGAAGUGUAGACUAGCAUAAUAACACCAAAGAUUACAAUGGUUAGGUCUAACCUCUUUCCCAUAGGAGUUGUGGUCUUUAACUUGAGAUGAAUCAUGGGUGGGUAUAUGUAAAUCAACGGAAUACAUGC